AUGCCGUCCACUCUUUUACUACUCAAAAGCUUGGCUUUAGCCUCACUUGUUGAUGCUCUGCCCAAGAAGCGAGACUCGAAGACUGUACAUCUCGAUGUUUUCCAGGCGGACAAAGCAGUGAAUGGCAAGACAGUCGAUGCGCCUUUCACUGUCUCUAGCUCCAUCUACUACGUUGAGGUCACCCUCGGAACUCCUCCUCAAACUAUCUACUCUCAGCUCGAUACCGGCAGCAGCAAUCUUGUUGUGUACCCCCCGCGUCUCGCGCUUGCUAAAUGCACCUUCUCCCAAGCAGUGUGUGACUCGUCGACUUAUACCGAUACCGCUUCUUCUACCUACGUCAACCUCACUAUCCCUUACUCUAGCUCCUACGGCGAUGGCUCGGGCGGCUCAGGCUUCUUGGCCACCGACACCCUCAACUUCGAAGGCGCAGUCAUCAACGCCUUUGAAUUCGUCGACCAAACAGUAUCCAACACCCUAGGCAAUUCCGUCUUUGGUACAGGCUAUGCGUCUAAUGAGGGCGUCAAUCCACAAUACAACAACCUCCCCCUCCGACUCACAGCAGACGGUUACAUAAACUCGCCCGUUUUUAGUCUUUGGCUCAACUCGCUCCGCAGCAGUAAUCCCGGCUCAAUGCUCUACGGUGGAAUUGAUAACCAGAAGUAUUGCGGCAGCUUGACGACCCUCCCAAUCCAGCAGACCAACGGUGGAUACACGGAGUUCACUGUUGCACUGGGUUCCAUUGUCGCUCAAGGACCGAAUGGCAACUCACAGAAUAUUGAUAUUGGCAGCAAUACGCUCGCCCUUCUCGACAGCGGCACCAACAGUAUCUCUGUAUCUCAGACUGCGUACAACGAGAUUCUGGCCCUCUACAACGCCUCGCCCGCGCAAGGUAACGGUUUCCCCCAGGUCGCCUGCUCGCUCGGCAACUCUGGACUCACAAUGAGCUUCGGCUUCGGUGGAGGACUGGUCAUUCCAGUGCCCCUGGACCAGAUCGUGGCAGCACCCCAGAACAAUGACCAGCAGACUUGCGAUUUCUUCGUUAGCACACAACCAGCUGGCGCUGAGUUUAUUCUUGGUAGCUCUUUCCUGAGUGCUGCCUAUGUGGUCUAUGACAUUGGCAACAAUGAGAUUCACAUGGCUCCUGCCAUCUUCAACCCUACCUCAUCGAAUGUCAUCACUGUUGGAAGCGGACCUAAUGCUGUUCCUUCAGUGGCUGGACCUGCUUGCUCGUCAAGCUCAACCACGACCACGACCACGACCACGACCACAACAAGUGCGACUUCUACAAUGACCUCGAGUACGACCACAACUAGCUCUUCAGCCGCCACAACUACCACGACCGGAUCUUCCUCGAGCACUACUACCAGCACCAGCAGCCGGUCUACAUCCACAGGCAGCACUACCGCAGCAUCGACUACCACUAGCAAGUCGUCAAGCGUGUCGGCCUCCACGACCGGAAAGUCCUCUGCUUCAACCACCACAACUGCAAUGUCAUCUGCAUCCACCAGCACUGCCACAACUUCGACCUGGUCCACGACUAGUGCCUCUGUCUCUGGGACUUCAUCAAGCUGGUCGGACUGGGAUGGAAAGACCAAGUCUAGUUCCACGACGUCCAAGACUGUGAGCCCAGCUACAUCCAGCUCAACCAGCAUGAUGUCGACGAGCUCUGGGUACACCUGGGCGGAUUACACUACCACGGCUAGUACCACAUCCUCGACCACUAAGCCGGUCAAGGGGACCACUACCUCCACCACGACCUCGGACGCGAUGGUCUGGCCCGACUGGAGCAGCGCCUCCGUUUCUGGCACUUCAUCAUCGACCAAGUCUCACCACCACAAGUCCAAGACCGUUAGUGUUGCUACAUCCAGCUCGACUUCCUCCUCAGCUGUAACAUGGUCCGCGUGGGAUGGAUACACGAUGCCAGCCUCCUCCAGCGUGACCACGACUCCAGCGAAGGCUACUUCGUACUGGACAGGAGCCAUUCCAGCCACCACUACUCCAGUGAAGGCUACCUCGUACUGGACGGGAGCCAUUCCAGCCAAGAGUUCGUCCAGUAUGGCGAUGUCUCAGUCGUGGUUGGAUAACAACGUCGAUGCUUCUUCCACUUCGACAUGGGCUGACGCUGUCGUGCCCACUACGAUGACAGUGGUGCCCGAGAAGCCUACCGCCGUCGCAGCUUCGUCCUGGGCUGAUACCGAUGUCGAUGCCUCGUCUACGUCGUCGGUGUCAUCUUCCGCGGCGUGGAGCAAUAUGCCGGUCGCUCCGGCGUCGGCUACGCCCAUGCCGGCGCCGGUGAAGCCGUAUACUGGCGGUGCUGCGAGGUUUGGGAUGAGCGUGGGUGUGGUCGUGGUUGGGACGGUGUUGGCGAUGGUGCUGUAG